AUGGAUCAAAGGAAGAAUGAGAGUAUUGUUCCUAGUAUCACUCAACUAGAAGAUUUUCUAACAGAACACAAUUCCAAUGUUGUUUGGCUCCUUGUUGCUACCAUUUUAUCCUGUGGAUGGAUUAUUUAUCUCACAUAUUACAAUUCUCGAAAUGUUGGGCUUAUUUUAACAUUGGUUCUUAAUAGAUUAUACAAACAUGGCUAUAUCCAUAUUGGGUCCUUCUCUUUCUCUGUUCUUUCUGGAAAAGUCAUGGUUCGUGAAAUUUAUUACAUUACGGAAGACAUGUCUAUUAGAAUUCAAGAUGGAUUUAUAAUUUUUCGGUGGUGGAAAAUGUAUAAUCCAAAACAGAAACAACAUGAUCCAAAGGCGGAAACCAGAUUAUACAUCACAGUCAAUGACUUUGAAUUUCAUGUCUAUAAUCGUUCGGAUCUUUAUGGACGUCUUCAAGAAUUGUUUGGUUUGGAACCAACAAUAAUUCCACCCAAGAAAGAUGAUGAUAAAACACGGGAAAAUGGAAGAACAAGAACCCAGUCCAAAAUUGAGAGAGUUAAAGUAAAAACAGAAUCUCAAGACCCGACAUCUUCAUGGAGAUCACUUAUUCCAGUCAUAAAGGUCAAUGUGAGCACAGGACGUUUGGCCUUUGGAAAUCAUUACCAACCUCAAACUCUAUGUAUCAACUUUGAUGAUGCUUUCUUAACUUAUACUACAAAACCACCUUCUAGUCAUCUUGACCAAUUCAUGCAUAUUGUGAAAGGGAAGCUUGAAAAUGUUCGAGUAAUGCUUGUUCCUAGUCCAAGAUAUGUUGGUCUUCAAAAUGAUGAACCACCAAGAUUAAUGGGAGAAGGAUUUGUGGUGAUGCAGUCAAAUGAUGUUGACAUCUACUACUACAUGGAUGAACCAGGACUUGUUCCAGAAGAAACAGAAGAAAAUAUUGAAGGAGAAAUGAGCAGUGAGGAUUGCAAAUUACAAGAUUUGCCUCCAUGUUGGGGACUGGAUAUAGUUUGUGGUAAAGGAACAGAUUUCAACUAUGGGCCAUGGGCCGAUAGGCAAAGAGAUUGUUUAUGGAAGUUUUUCUUCCCACCUGAUUAUCAAGUUCUGAAAGUUUCUGAAAUUGCACAACCUGGGAGACCACGACAGAUCCUUGCUUUUGAACUGCGGAUGAAUAUUAUUGCAGAUGCUACAAUUGAUUUGCUGUUUACCAAAAACAGGGAAACAAAUGCUGUACAUGUAAAUGUAGGAGCUGGCUCAUAUUUAGAAAUUAAUAUUCCAAUGACAGUUGAGGAAAAUGGUUAUACUCCUGCAAUUAAAGGACAGCUCUUACAUGUUGAUGCCACCACCAGCAUGCAAUACCGGACCCUUUUAGAAGCAGAAAUGUUAGCAUUCCACAUCAAUGCCAGUUAUCCCCGAAUAUGGAAUAUGCCACAGACUUGGCAGUGUGAAUUAGAAGUUUAUAAAGCCACCUACCACUUCAUCUUUGCACAGAAGAACUUCUUUACUGAUUUAAUUCAAGACUGGUCUAGUGAUAGUGCUCCGGACAUUUUUUCAUUUGUGCCUUAUACAUGGAAUUUUAAAAUCAUGUUUCAUCAAUUUGAAAUGAUUUGGGCUGCUAAUCAACACAAUUGGAUUGACUGUUCCACUAAACAACAGGAAAAUGUAUAUCUGGCAGCCUGUGGGGAAACAUUAAACAUUGAUUUCUCUUUGCCUUUUACGGACUUUGUUCCAGCUACGUGUAACACCAAGUUCUCUUUAAGAGGAGAAGAUGUUGAUCUUCAUUUAUUUCUACCAGAUUGCCACCCUAGUAAAUAUUCAUUAUUUAUGCUGGUAAAGAAUUGCCACCCAAAUAAAAUUACUCAUGAUACUGGUAUUCCUGCUGAGUGUCAAAGUGGUCAGAAAACAGUUAAACCAAAAUGGCGGAAUAUUACACAAGAAAAAGCUGGUUGGGUUGAAUGCUGGACUGUCCCAAGUGUCAUGCUUACAAUCGAUUAUACAUGGCAUCCAAUUUAUCCACAAAAAGCAGAUGAGCAGCUAAAACAAUCAUUAUCAGAAAUGGAAGAAACAAUGCUAUCUGUAUUAAGGCCAUCCCAGAAAACAUCGGACAGAGUUGUUUCUACUCCUUCUACUUCUUCACGCCCACCUAUUGAUCCCUCAGAACUUCCACCUGAUAAACUUCAUGUAGAAAUGGAACUUUCCCCAGAUUCUCAAAUAACUCUCUAUGGACCACUAUUAAAUGCCUUCUUAUGUAUAAAGGAAAACUACUUUGGGGAAGAUGACAUGUAUAUGGAUUUUGAAGAGGUUAUUUCAAGUCCUGUUCUGUCACUGUCAACAUCAUCCAGCUCUGGGUGGACUGCUCUUGGAAUGGAAAAUGACAAAAAGGAAAAUGAAAGUUCAGCCAAGUCAAUUCAUCCACUUACCUUACGUCCUUGGGAUAUUACUGUACUUGUUAAUUUGUACAAAGUUCAUGGGCGCCUUCCUGUUCAUGGAACCACUGAUGGCCCUGAGUGCCCUACAGCAUUCUUGGAAAGACUGUGUUUUGAAAUGAAAAAAGGAUUUCGGGAGACCAUGCUGCAACUUGUCCUGUCACCCCUAAAUGUGUUUGUCAGUGAUAACUAUCAGCAGCGACCUCCUGUGGAUGAAGUACUCAGGGAGGGUCACAUCAAUUUGUCAGGUCUCCAGCUGAGAGCACAUGCUAUGUUCUCAGCAGAAGGUCUUCCUUUGGGAAGUGAUUCCUUAGAAUAUGCAUGGUUAAUUGAUGUGCAGGCUGGAAGUCUUACAGCUAAGGUCACAGCACCACAGCUAGCUUGUCUCUUGGAGUGGGGACAGACAUUUGUUUUUCAUGUGGUAUGUCGGGAGUAUGAACUGGAAAGACCUAAAUCAGUAAUAAUAUGUCAGCAUGGAUUUGACCGUCGGUUCUGUGAAUCCAAGUUGAGUUGUAUUCCUGGGCCUUGUCCAACUUCAGAUGAUUUGAAAUAUACUAUGACUCGUUUAGCAGUAGAUGGAGCAGAUAUUUAUAUUGUGGAGCAUGGCUGUGCUACAAAUCUAAAGAUGGGUGCAAUUCGAGUUGCAAACUGUAAUCUCCACAAUCAGUCGGUUGGGGAAGGAAUAAGUGCUGCAAUUCAGGAUUUUCAAGUGAGACAGUACAUUGAACAAUUAAAUAAUUCCAGAGUUGGACUUCAGCCUGCAGUACUACGGAGGGCCUAUUGGCUUGAAGCGGGGUCAGCCAAUUUAGGACUCAUUACUGUUGAUAUUGCCUUAGCUGCUGAUCAUCAUUCUAAACAUGAGGCUCAGAGACAUUUCUUAGAAACUCAUGAUGCCAGAACUAAGAGGUUGUGGUUUUUGUGGCCAGAUGAUACCCUGAAGAAUAAGAGGUGUAGGAACAAGUGUGGUUGUCUCGGUGGCUGCAGAUUCUUUGGUGGCACAGUAACUGGCCUAGAUUUCUUCAAACUUGAAGAGUUGACACCUUCCAGUAGUUCUGCAUUUUCAAGCACGAGUGCAGAGUCUGAUAUGUAUUAUGGACAGUCUCUGCUACAGCCUGGAGAAUGGAUUAUUACUAAAGAAAUUCCCAAAAUUGUAGAUGGUAAUGUGAAUGGCAUGAAGAGGAAAGAAUGGGAAAACAAAUCAGUGGGAAUAGAAGUAGAAAGAAAAACUCAGCACCUUAGUCUUCAAGUACCAUUACGAUCUCAUAGCUCAUCCUCUUCCUCAGAAGAGAAUAGUAGUUCUAGUGCUGCACAGCCUUUAUUGGCUGGAGAAAAGGAAAGUCCCUCUUCUGUUGCUGAUGACCAUUUGGUCCAAAAAGAAUUCUUGCAUAGUGCAAAAAGAGAUGAUGGUCAAGUAAGUAUUCCUACAGAAAUUUCAGGAAACAGCCCUGUGUCUCCUAAUACUCAGGAAAAGUCAGUAGGUCAAUCUCCUUUGAGAUCUCCCUUGAAACGGCAAGCUUCUGUAUGUUCCACUCGACUUGGGAGUACCAAGAGCCUUACUGCUGCUUUUUAUGGGGACAAGCAACCUGUUACAGUUGGAGUCCAGUUUAGUAGUGAUGUCUCCCGAAGUGAUGAGAAUGUAUUAGACUCACCAAAGCAGAGAAGAAGUUUUGGUUCAUUUCCAUACACACCGUCGGCAGACUCCAAUUCAUUUCAUCAAUAUCGGUCAAUGGAUUCCAGCAUGUCAAUGGCUGAUAGCGAAGCCUACUUUUCUGCAGCUGAAGAAUUUGAGCCCAUUAGCAGUGAUGAAGGCCCUGGAACUUAUCCAGGUAGAAAAAAGAAGAAAAAGCAAACACAGCAGAUUGACUACAGUAGGGGUUCCAUAUAUCACAGUGUGGAGGGACCACUUACUGGCCAUGGAGAAAGCAUUCAGGAUCCCCGAACUCUGCCAUUCAAAACUCAUCCUUCCCAGGCUUCAUUUGUUUCUGCAUUAGGUGGAGAAGAUGACGUUAUAGAACAUCCCUAUGUUGUAGAGGUUGAGAAAACAGUAGAGAGUGAACAGAUUACUUCUCAACAACCUGUGAUGAAUUGUUAUCAGACUUACCUUACUCAGUUCCAGGUACUUAAUUGGUCAGUGAAGCACCCUUCUAACAAAAGAACCUCUAAGUCCUCAUUGCAUCGUCCCCUCGAUCUCGAUACUCCAACCAGUGAAGAAAGUUCAUCGUCAUUUGAACAGCUUUCUGUUCCAACUUUUAAGGUUAUCAAACAGGGGCUCACAGCUAAUUCUUUACUAGACAGAGGAAUGCAACUUUCAGGAUCAACUUCGAAUACACCAUAUACUCCUCUGGAAAAGAAAACUGUUGAUAACACAGAUGAUGAAACGUUGACAGAAGAGUGGACCCUGGAUCAGCCAGUCUCUCAGACCAGGACCACAGCCAUAGUUGAAGUAAAAGGGACUGUUGAUAUUGUUCUGACUCCCCUGGUGGCUGAAGCUUUAGACAGGUACAUUGAAGCAAUGGUUCAUUGUGCUAGUACCCGCCAUCCAGCUGCAAUUGUAGAUGAUCUCCAUGCCAAAGUCCUCAGGGAGGCUGUCCAAAAUAGCAAGACUACCUUCUCAGAAAAUCUAUCUUCCAAACCAGAUGUUAGAGGAACAAAAACUGAACACGCCACCAUAGGAACGACUAACCAAGGACAAGCACAGACAAAUCUUGUGAUGAAGCAAGAUAAUGUAACAAUUAAAGGUCUUCAGGCUAAUGUUAGCAUACCAAAGGUAAACUUAUGUUUGUUACAAGCCUCAGUGGAAGAAUCUCCAAGUACAGCUCCUAGUAAAAGUGUGACUCAUGUUUCUCUAGUAGCAUUGUGUUUUGACAGAAUUGCUACGCAAGUUCGUAUGAACAGAGGUGUGGUUGAAGAGACUUCAAAUACAGAACCUGGUAGAACAUCAAAUUUUGAUAGGUAUGUCCAUGCCACUAAGAUGCAGCCUCAGUCAUCUGGAUCUCUCAGAUCAAAUGCUGGAGCAGAAAAAGGCAAAGAAAUUGCAGCCAAGUUAAAUAUUCAUAGAGUUCAUGGGCAACUUAGGGGUCUUGAUACAACAGAUAUUGGUACCUGUGCCAUCACUGCUAUUCCUUUUGAGAAGUCCAAAGUUUUAUUUACUCUGGAAGAGUUGGAUGAGUUUACUUUUGUGGAUGAAACUGAUCAGCAAGCUGUUCCAGAUGUAACUCGAAUAGGUCCCAGCCAAGAAAAAUGGGGUUGGAUAAUGUUUGAAUGUGGACUUGAAAACUUAACCAUAAAAGGAGGAAGACAGUCUGGUGCUGUUUUAUAUAAUACUUUUGGAAUUAUGGGUAAAGCUAGUGUCACAGAAAGAGGUGGAGUGCUGACAUCCAAUAAUUCUUCUGAUUCUCCAACUGGCAGUGGCUAUAAUACUGAUGUCUCUGAUGAUAAUCUUCCCUGUGAUCGAAUAAGCCCUUCUUCAGACUUAAAUGGAAAUUCUGUUUCAGAUGAACAAGAUGAAGGAGUUGAAUCUGAUGAUUUGAAAAAAGAUUUACCUCUGAUGCCUCCACCUCCAGAUUCAUGUAGCAUGAAGUUGACCAUCAAGGAAAUUUGGUUUAGUUUUGCAGCUCCCACCAAUGUGAGAUCUCCUACACAUGCAUUUUCUAGGCAGCUGAACCUUUUAAGCACUGCAACUCCAGCUGUUGGUGCAUGGCUUGUUCCCAUUGAUCAACUCAAAUCAUCCUUAAACAAAUUAGAAACUGAGAGCACCUUGAGAAUUUGUGCUGUUAUGGGAUGUAUAAUGACAGAAGCAUUAGAGAAUAAAAGUGUACAUUUUCCCUUAAGAAGUAAAUACAACAGACUUACAAAAGUUGCCCGUUUUCUCCAAGAAAAUCCUUCAUGUUUACUGUGCAACAUACUACAUCACUACCUGCACCAGGCAAAUUACUCCAUCAUUGAUGAUGCUACAAUGAGUGAUGGACUUCCUGCUUUGGUAACAUUAAAGAAAGGUUUAGUUGCUUUGGCAAGGCAGUGGAUGAAGUUUAUUGUGGUGACACCAGCCUUUAAAGGAGUUAGCUUACACAGACCAGCUCAGCCACUGAAACCUCAAUCAGCUGUGGACCAUGAACAUGAAGACGGACUUGGGCUAGACAAUGGAGGUGGUCUUCAAAGUGACACCAGUGCUGAUGGAGCAGAAUUUGAAUUUGAUGCAGCCACAGUCAGUGAACACACAAUGCUACUAGAAGGAACAGCCAACCGUCCUCCACCUGGUAGCUCUGGACCUGUAACUGGAGCUGAAAUAAUGAGGAAACUUUCUAAGACUCAUACCCACAGUGACUCUGCAUUAAAGAUAAAGGGUAUUCACCCAUAUCAUUCUUUGAGCUAUACCAGUGGAGACACUGCCACAGAUUCUCCGGUACAUGUUGGACGUGCUGGGAUGCCAGUUAAGGAGAGUCCAAGGAAGGAGAGCCUACUCAGCUACCUGACUGGAAGCUUCCCAAGCUUGCACAACCUCCUAGAAGGGACUCCUCAAAGAAGUAGUGCAGCUAUAAAAAGCAGCUCCCUAACGAGAACAGGAAAUACAAUGGCCACUGAUAUGUUAUCUGAACAUCCGUUGCUAUCUGAGCCAUCAUCUGUGAGUUUCUAUAAUUGGAUGUCAAAUGCUGUGGGUAAUCGUGGAAGUGUGGUACAAGAAUCUCCUGUUACAAAAUCCGCACACAAUAGUCUUCCAUCAGGUGUUGCACCCAAUCUUCCUACAAUACCCUCAGCCUCAGAUUUCAACACCGUCUUAUCUAGUGACCAGAAUACUUUGGAUGGAACACAUUCUCAGCAUAGCACUAGUCAGGAUGAUGUGGCAGGUGUAGAAGAAGCCAACCAAGGGUUUCCUGCUGUGCAGCUUGCUGAUGCACAGGUUGUUUUCAGACCUCUUCUCAGUCAUACAGGGAUUCAGUCACAGGAUGCAAUGCCACUCUGCUACCGAAUGUACUUUGGAGAACACCUUUCAUUUUCAGGGACUUUGGACUGCCUUAGAGCAGAUAUUGUGGAUUCGGACACAGCCAAAGAGAGAAAAGGCAAAAGAGCAAGAAGGCAAGGUCAUGUGAGUCUUCCUCCACUUGAAUUCAAACCAGCAUUAAUGUUGGAAACCUUUAGCAUCAGUGCUGUUGUAAUGGAAAAGUCAGUGUGCACCCCUCAGAACUCUACCAGUGCUCUUUCUUUUCAUGAUCUCAACAAACGGUAUUAUAAUACCUUCCACUGUAACUUUACUAUUUCUUGUCAGUCAAUAAGCCAGCAUGUAGAUAUGGCUUUGGUUCGUCUUAUUCAUCAAUUUAGUACGAUGAUAGAUGACAUCAAAGCGACUCAGACUGACAUUAAACUUAGCAGAUAUACAGCUGGAUCGGCUUCCCCAACACCUACCUUCAAAACCAGAAAACAUCGGGAUUUUCGCUCAUCUGACUUCAGCCGCAGUUCUAGAGGAAGUCUGAAUGGUGGCAGUAGAGUAAACAAUGCAAAGAACAAACGGACCAACAAUGAAAAUAACAAAAAGGAAUCUCGAAACAAAAAUUCAUUAGGAAGAUCUGAAAGAAGAACUUCAAAAGUGUCUAGGAAAGGUUCAAAAGAUGUGGUGGACCAUAUGACUAUUCAUAUGGAUGACUCUGAUUCAAUUACAGUGUCAGAACAAAGUGAGCCUUCGGCUGAGUGCUGGCAGAAUAUGUAUAAAUUACUUAACUUCUAUUCACUUAUCUCUGAUCCAACAGGAAUAUUGGAAAAAUCUUCAGAAACAUUUGGACCAGCAGGAGUUAGGAGCCCUACAGAGCCAACAUGUAAAGUUGUGUUUGAGAAUGAACAAGACGGUAAUAGUUUGACUAAGACACAGAGGAAACGUAGCUUGGUGACUUCUGAACCUCAGCAUGUUACUCUGAUAGUGUUUGGGAUUGGCAUGGUGAACCGCACUCACCUGGAGGCUGACAUUGGGGGGCUAACAAUGGAAUCAGAACUGAAGAGGAUCCACGGCAGCUUUACACUUAAGGAAAAAAUGAAAGAUGUUUUACAUCAAAAGAUGACUGAAACGUGUGCCACUGCUCAUAUUGGUGGGGUUAAUAUUGUGCUGCUUGAAGGGAUUACACCAAAUAUACAACUGGAGGAUUUUCCUACAUCUCCUACAAGCACAGCCAAACAAGAGUUUCUAACUGUAGUGAAAUGUAGUAUUGCCAAGUCACAAGCCCUCUACAGUGCCCAGAGAGGGUUGAAGACUAACAAUGCUGCCGUGUUCAAAGUGGGAGCUAUCAGCAUCAACAUUCCCCAGCACCCUGCCACCUUACAUAGCAUGAUGGUUCGGAGUUCCCACCAACUAUCUAAGCAGAUCUCAGAUCUUAUCAGACAGCCUUCUACAGCCCCACAGCCCAUGAAAGAAGAUAUUGCAACGCCCCUACCUUCUGAAAAAACUCCAACAAGUGUUAAUCAGACUCCUAUUGAAACAAAUGAAUUUCCUCAGCUACCCGAAGGUUUAGAAAAGAAGCCUAUUGUUCUUAAAUUCAGUGCCAUGUUAGAUGGUAUAGCCAUUGGAGCCGCACUUUUACCAUCUCUGAAAGCAGAAUACAAAAUGGGAAGAAUGAGAAGUCAUGGAAUGACAGGUGCACAGACCAGGUUUACAUUUGAGCUGCCAAAUCACAGAUUACGUUUUACUUCAAAAGUUUCUGCCACAGAUAUGUCAACCAUUCCUCCUUCUGCUAGUCUCAACCUUCCUCCUGUUACUAUGUCAGGGAAAUAUAUAAUGGAAGAACAUGAUAGUUAUUCAGAUCAGGUGUGGAGUAUUGAUGAACUACCUUCUAAACAAGGGUACUAUUUACAGGGAAAUUAUCUACGUUGUGUGGCAGAAGUUGGUUCCUUUGAACAUAAUCUCACAACUGAUCUUCUAAACCACUUGGUAUUUGUACAGAAAGUGUUCAUGAAGGAAGUUAAUGAAGUAAUACAGAAAGUUUCUGGUGGGGAGCAGCCUAUUCCUCUUUGGAAUGAGCAUGAUGGAACAGCAGAUGGAGAUAAGCCUAAAAUUCUGCUUUAUUCCCUGAACUUGCAGUUUAAGGGUAUUCAAGUAACAGCUACUACUCCAUCAAUGAGAGCUGUCAGGUUUGAAACUGGAUUGAUAGAGCUGGAACUUUCGAAUCGACUUCAAACCAAAGCUUCACCAGGGAGUAGCAGCUAUCUGAAACUGUUUGGUAAAUGCCAAGUGGAUUUAAAUCUGGCAUUAGGACAAAUUGUCAAACAUCAAGUUUAUGAAGAAGCUGGUUCUGAUUUUCAUCAAGUUGCCUAUUUUAAAACCAGAAUUGGAUUAAGAAAUGCCCUCCGAGAAGAAAUCAGUGGUUCUUCAGAUAGAGAAGCUGUGCUUAUUACCUUGAAUAGACCAAUUGUUUAUGCACAGCCUGUGGCCUUUGAUAGAGCUGUGCUAUUUUGGCUGAAUUAUAAGGCUGCCUAUGACAACUGGAAUGAACAACGAAUGGCUUUACAUAAAGAUAUUCAUAUGGCUACAAAGGAAGUAGUAGAUAUGCUACCAGGUAUCCAGCAAACAUCAGCCCAGGCCUUUGGGACUCUCUUCCUCCAGCUCACUGUGAAUGAUCUGGGAAUAUGUCUGCCCAUCACAAAUACUGCACAGUCUAAUCACACUGGAGACCUUGACAUUGGUUCUGCUUUAGUAUUGACCAUUGAAAGUACUCUCAUCACUGCUUGUUCUUCAGAAUCUCUGGUUAGUAAAGGGCAUUUCAAAAACUUUUGUAUUCGUUUUGCUGAUGGCUUUGAGACGUCGUGGGAUGACUGGAAACCAGAAAUUCGUGGCGAUCUAGUGAUGAAUGCCUGUGUAGUUCCAGAUGGCACCUAUGAAGUAUGUUCUAGGACUACAGGACAAGCAGCUGCUGAAAGUAGUAGUGCUGGAACGUGGACACUCAAUGUUUUGUGGAAAAUGUGUGGGAUCGAUGUCCACAUGGAUCCUAACAUUGGCAAAAGACUUAAUGCUCUGGGCAAUACCCUUACGACUCUGACAGGAGAGGAGGACAUAGAUGACAUUGCUGAUCUAAAUUCAGUGAACAUAGCUGACCUGUCAGAUGAGGAUGAAGUUGAUACUAUGUCUCCCACUAUCCAUACUGAAGCUGUAGAUUAUCGAAGACAAGGAGCAUCUUGUAGCCAGCCAGGAGAACUUAGAGGAAGAAAAAUUAUGAAGCGUAUAGUGGAUAUCAGAGAACUGAAUGAACAGGCCAAAGUAAUAGAUGAUCUUAAAAAACUAGGUGCAAGUGAAGGAACCAUAAACCAGGAAAUUCAGCGUUAUCAACAGUUAGAAUCUGUUGCUGUGAAUGAUAUUCGAAGAGACGUUCGUAAGAAAUUACGGAGGUCCAGUAUGCGAGCUGCUUCUCUAAAGGAUAAGUGGGGUUUGGGUUACAAACCAAGUUAUAGCCGUUCAAAAAGCAUUUCUGCUUCUGGAAGACCUCCUCUUAAACGAAUGGAAAGGGCAAGUUCUCGAAUGGGAGAAACUGAGGAGCUCCCUGAAAUCCGUGUGGAUGCAGCAUCUCCGGGACCCAGAGUAACUUUCAAUAUCCAAGAUACAUUUCCAGAGGAAACAGAACUGGACCUUUUGUCAGUAACCAUUGAAGGUCCAUCCCAUUACUCCUCAAAUAGUGAAGGAUCAUAUUCCGUGUUCAGUUCUCCCAAAACUCCAGGAGGUUAUUCAUCAGGCAUUCCUUUCCAACCUGAAGAGGGCCGACGGGAUGACAGUUUGUCUUCUACUAGUGAAGAUUCUGAGAAGGAUGAAGACCAUGAGAGGGAAAGGUUUUAUAUUUACAGGAAACCCUCACAUACAUCUCGUAAAAAAGCAACAGGCUUUGCUGCUGUUCAUCAACUAUUUACAGAACGCUGGCCCACAACUCCAGUCAACCGAAGUCUCAGUGGCACUGCUACAGAGAGAAAUAUUGACUUUGAACUUGAUAUACGAGUCGAAAUUGAUAGUGGAAAAUGUGUGCUCCACCCAACUACCCUUCUGCAAGAACAUGACGAUAUAAGCUUGAGAAGGAGUUAUGAUAGAAGUUCCAGGAGUUUAGAUCAAGAUUCUCCUUCAAAAAAGAAGAAGUUUCAAACUAAUUAUGCUUCUACCACCCAUUUAAUGACUGGCAAGAAAGUGCCAUCAUCUCUACAGACAAAGUCUAGUGACUUAGAAACAACAGUUUUUUACAUUCCUGGAGUUGAUGUAAAGUUGCAUUACAAUUCCAAGACACUAAAGACCGAAUCACCUAAUGCCUCCAGAGGAUCUUCCUUGCCAAGAACCCUCUCUAAAGAGUCCAAGCUGUAUGGUAUGAAAGAUAGUGCACCAUCUCCUCCUUCUCCUCCUUUACCUUGCACUGCCCAGAGCAAGACUAACACCUUACUUCCUCCCCAACCCCCACCUAUUCCCUCAGCCAAAGGAAAAGGAAGUGGAGGAGUAAAAACAGCCAAAUUAUAUGCUUGGGUAGCACUUCAGUCAUUGCCAGAAGAAAUGGUUAUUAGUCCCUGCCUAUUAGAUUUUCUGGAAAAAGCUCUGGAAACUAUCCCAAUUACACCAAUUGAAAGGAAUUAUACAACUGUCAGUUCACAAGAUGAAGAUAUGGGACAUUUUGAAAUACCAGAUCCUAUGGAAGAAUCAACAACAUCAUUAGUAUCAUCUUCGACAUCUGCUUACUCUUCCUUCCCUGUAGAUGUUGUGGUUUAUGUACGAGUUCAGCCCUCACAGAUCAAGUUUAGCUGUUUACCAGUAUCAAGAGUAGAAUGCAUGCUAAAGCUACCAUCCCUGGACUUGGUGUUUUCUUCCAACCGAGGCGAACUGGAGACUUUAGGGACCACGUAUCCCACAGAGACUUUAUCCCCUGGAGGUAAUGCUACUCAGAGUGGAACAAAGACCUCUACAAGCAAAACUGGAAUACCGGGUUCAUCCGGCCUAGGCAGCCCUCUUGGCAGAAGUCGACAUAGUAGUAGUCAGUCAGAUCUGACCAGUUCUAGCAGCAGUUCGUCUGGGUUGAGCUUCACUGCAUGCAUGUCUGACUUUUCCCUUUAUGUAUUUCAUCCGUACGGAGCAGGGAAACAAAAAACUGCUGUUUCUGGGCUCACACCUGGAUCAGGAGGACUAGGGAAUGUGGAUGAAGAACCCACUUCAGUCACUGGUCGAAAAGACUCACUCAGUAUAAACCUUGAAUUUGUAAAAGUGAGUUUGUCUCGGAUAAGGCGCUCAGGAGGUGCCUCAUUUUUUGAAAGUCAGUCUGUAAGCAAAUCUGCAAGCAAAAUGGACACUACACUAAUCAAUAUAUCUGCUGUAUGUGAUAUAGGGUCUGCCUCCUUUAAAUAUGAUAUGCGUCGACUCAGUGAAAUUCUGGCAUUUCCAAGAGCCUGGUAUAGGAGAAGUAUUGCAAGACGCCUAUUCCUUGGAGACCAAACUAUAAAUUUGCCAACAUCUGGCCCAGGGACACCUGAUUCCAUUGAAGGGGUAAGCCAGCAUCUUUCUCCUGAAUCAUCAAGAAAAGCUUACUGCAGGACCUGGGAGCAGCCUAGUCAGUCAGCCUCUUUCACCCACAUGCCUCAGUCACCUAAUGUAUUCAAUGAGCAUAUGACAAACAGCACCAUGUCACCAGGGACAGCAGCACAGAGCCUAAAAUCCCCAGCUUCCAUAAGAUCAAGGAGCGUGUCUGAUUCUUCAGUUCCCCGAAGAGAUUCACUUUCAAAAACAUCAACUCCUUUUAACAAAUCGAACAAAGCAGCAAGCCAACAAGGGACCCCAUGGGAAACAUUGGUCGUGUUUGCCAUCAACUUGAAACAAUUAAACGUUCAAAUGAAUAUGAGUAAUGUAAUGGGAAAUACAACUUGGACAACUAGUGGUUUGAAGAGCCAGGGCCGUCUGUCGGUAGGAAGUAAUCGAGAUCGAGAGAUAAGCAUGUCUGUAGGUCUGGGAAGAUCACAGUUGGAUUCUAAAGGAGGAGUAGUUGGAGGGACCAUAGAUGUCAAUGCUUUGGAGAUGGUUGCUCAUAUUUCUGAACAUCCAAAUCAGCAGCCUAGUCACAAAAUUCAGAUUACUAUGGGUUCUACUGAAGCUCGUGUUGAUUACAUGGGCUCAAGUAUCCUCAUGGGUAUCUUCAGUAAUGCUGAUCUCAAGCUUCAGGAUGAAUGGAAAGUAAAUCUGUAUAACACACUGGAUUCAAGCAUGACUGAUAAAAGUGAAAUAUUUGUCCAUGGAGAUUUGAAGUGGGAUAUUUUCCAAGUAAUGAUAUCAAGAUCAACUACACCAGACCUGAUAAAAAUAGGAAUGAAGCUCCAGGAAUUUUUCACACAACAGUUUGACACCAGCAAACGAGCUCUGUCUACCUGGGGACCUGUUCCAUAUCUUCCACCUAAGACAAUGACUAAUAACCUAGAGAGAAGUUCACAAGAACAAUUGCUCGAUGCAGCUCAUCAUCGACAUUGGCCUGGAGUAUUGAAGGUGGUAUCAGGAUGCCACAUAUCCUUAUUUCAGAUUCCAUUACCAGAAAAUGGAAUGCAGUUCGGAGGAUCAAUGAGCUUGCAUGGAAAUCAUAUGACACUAGCUUGUUUUCAUGGUCCAAAUUUCCGUUCAAAAUCCUGGGCCCUUUUUCACUUAGAAGAACCAAAUAUUGCUUUUUGGACCGAAGCUCAGAAAAUCUGGGAAGAUGGCUCUAGUGAUCAUUCUACAUAUAUUGUACAAACGUUGGAUUUUCAUCUGGGCCAUAAUACCAUGGUUACCAAACCAUGUGGUGCUUUGGAAAGUCCUAUGGCAACAAUAACCAAAAUAACAAGGCGUCGCCAUGAAAACCCACCCCAUGGAGUAGCAAGUGUAAAAGAAUGGUUCAACUAUGUUACAGCCACAAGGAAUGAAGAGCUAAACCUACUUCGUAAUGUUGAUGCUAAUAACACUGAAAAUAGCACUACAGUGAAGAAUUCUAGUUUGUUGAGUGGAUUCAGAGGAGGUUCUAGUUACAAUCAUGAAACAGAGACUAUCUUUGCAUUACCAAGGAUGCAGCUUGAAUUUAAAUCCAUUCAUGUACAAGAACCACAGGAACCUUCAUUACAGGAUGCCAGCCUGAAGCCGAAGGUAGAAUGUAGUGUGGUGACAGAGUUCACUGACCACAUUUGUGUAACUAUGGAUGCCGAGCUCAUCAUGUUUCUUCAUGAUUUAGUGUCAGCUUAUCUUAAAGAAAAAGAAAAAGCCAUUUUUCCACCUCGGGUCUUAUCUACUCGACCAGGACAGAAAAGUCCAAUUAUUAUACAUGAUGACAAUUCCUCUGACAAAGACAGAGAGGACAGCAUCACUUACACUACUGUGGACUGGAGAGAUUUUAUGUGCAACACAUGGCAUCUAGAACCCACUCUCAGAUUAAUAUCUUGGACUGGAAGAAAGAUUGAUCCAGUGGGUGUUGAUUACAUUCUUCAAAAACUGGGCUUCCAUCAUGCCAGGACUACUAUUCCUAAAUGGCUUCAAAGAGGAGUCAUGGACCCACUUGACAAGGUUCUGUCAGUACUUAUAAAAAAACUCGGUACUGCACUACAGGAUGAAAAGGAAAAGAAAGGAAAAGACAAAGAAGAACACUAAAAAAGUAACUUGAUAUGUGAACAAAUUAUGAUUGUGUCCGUUAAGUUUUAUUACACUGGAGUGUUUUUUUUUUCUUUUUGUAUAGUAAAAUUAUUUUCAGUAUAACUUAAAGUAACUCUAAUUUUGUGGCCAUUAUUUUGAAAGUUUGUAAGUUAACCUGUUUAUUCUAGUUCCACCAUUCUGUAUACAGUGAAGUAUUGCAUGAUAAUGUAAAUUUUGUGAAAAACUAGAUUAAAAUAUAUAAAUCUGCUCAGUAGGGUUUAUAAUUGUAUUAUGUGCAAUAUGAUUCCUGCAUCUUUAAAAUAUUUUCAGAGUAACUGUGAAUUUUUGCUAUUGGCCAUAACUUUUAGAAAAAAUCUUGUUGAUAAUGUGAUUUUUUUUUGGUCAUUAAUUGCUUUUUCUUUUUUUAAAAUGUAGUCUUGUAAAAAUACCUAUUUGUAUAUAGUUCGAGUAAUUGUGAUAUGAUUACCACUAAAAUAUUGUUUGUAACUAUUGUAAUAAAGUCACAGUAAUUGGUUUCA